AUGCCCGAAAUCGAACAUGUCAUGGUAGAGCUUCUCCCUGGCAACGCAUCCCGACAAAGCGUGUACAUACUCAAUGUAUACAGCAGCCCCAGUCACCACAAGCAACGGUUCAAACGCCUGUUCCAUAAAGCCAUUCGCCUCGCCGGCUCCAACCCGAUAGUGAUCGCGGGCGACUUUAACGCCGCGCAUCGCACCUGGGGCUACGCGUACGACACCCCCAAGGGUACCGAGCUUUGGCAGAACGCGAACGACAUGAAUCUUACCCUCAUUACGGACAAGGCUUUCCCCACCCGCACUGGCACGUCCACGCAAAGAGACACCACCCCGGAUCUCUGCUUCGUCAAGAAUAUCGCCGACGCCCGUUGGUCCAACCUCGCGGUAGAUCUCGGUAGCGACCAUUUCUUAUUGGCCGUACACUUCCCCACAGUCAGCAGGAAGACCAAGACGUACACGUGGGUAGACUGGGACCUCUUCCGUAAGACUCGCGCAGAACGACCCCCUCCCUACGCCACGCCAAGUCUCGAGACGUGGACGGAUCAGCUUAAGGUCGACGUCGGCAAGGCCACCAAAACCAUCUGUACAGACCUGCCCACCGAGAGGAUGGACAGUCGCCUAGCCCACCUGCUCGAGGCCAAACAAUCCCUACUGGCCCGAUGGAAGGGCCAGCGCCUCAGUCGGAGGUUACGCAAACGCAUAUCCGAGCUGAACAAGAGCAUAGCGGAUCACUGCAGCACCCUUUCCAAACAGCAGUGGGAUGAAGUCUGUAACUCGAUUGACGGGCAGGUCCGUAAUGGCAAAACAUGGAACCUACUCAAACACCUGCUCGACGACACCAACACCAACACCCGCACCAAUCAGCGCCAUUCUCUCGCGAAGAUACUCCAUCAGGCCAAAGGGACCGCACCACCCGAAGACGUCGCCAAGAGCCUCGUGCAGAAAUAUCUACCGCUUCCCGCGGACCCGUCGAUUCCUCACUCCGAAUACACUGGUACCGACAACACCCACUUAGACGCCGACUUUUCCGUCGAAGACGUGCGCCGAGCUCUCCACGAACUCAAUGGCCGCUCCACCCCUGGCCCCGAUGGCAUCCCCAACAAGCUCCUACGCAACUUGGAUGAGCCCUCCGUCAAUUACCUCACCGAUACUAUCAACAAAACGUGGAAGAAGGGCGAGCUACCCAACGCCUGA